GACAGGCGCCCGGGCAGCCAGGCACCGUCACGGGCUAGCCUUCCGGCAGGCGCGCGAGUUGCCGCGGCUGACACCGUCAGCCCCCUGUCGCUCUUCAUAGCGACCGCCGGCUCCUGACCCCCAUUGGCGGCUGGUCUGUGGCACGAACUCGGGGCCGCCAUAGGCUCUGGACUGACCCGCGAGGUGACCCUGGUCGAGUCCCGUGUCGCGCUGAACAGCGGCACGCGUCUGUAGCGCGGGCCUUUCAGGGACCUGGCUCUCCAGCCCUUGAGGACACAGACCUAGAGAGGCCCCAGAGGCUGCCCCCUGGUAGGGGGGGCGCCGCUGGGCCCCUGGGGGUGGUGGGAGGAGCUCGGGUGGAGCGGGAGGAUGCCCCUACACGUGAAAUGGCCGUUCCCCGCCGUGCCGCCGCUCACCUGGACCCUGGCCAGCAGCGUCGUCAUGGGUCUUGUGGGCACCUACAGCUGCUUCUGGACCAAGUACAUGAACCACCUCACCGUCCACAACAAAGAGGUGCUGUACGAGCUCAUUGAGAACCGAGGCCCAGCCACCCCCCUCAUCACCGUCUCUAAUCACCAGUCCUGCAUGGAUGACCCUCAUCUCUGGGGGAUCCUGAAACUCCGCCACAUCUGGAACCUGAAGUUGAUGCGUUGGACCCCUGCAGCUGCAGACAUCUGCUUCACCAAGGAGCUACAUUCACACUUCUUCAGCUUGGGCAAGUGUGUGCCCGUGUGCCGAGGAGAUGGUGUCUACCAAAGGGGAAUGGAUUUCAUUUUGGAGAAGCUCAACCAUGGAGACUGGGUGCACAUCUUCCCAGAAGGGAAAGUGAACAUGAGUUCUGAGUUCCUGCGCUUCAAAUGGGGAAUUGGACGCCUGAUUGCAGAGUGUCAUCUCAACCCCAUCAUUCUGCCGCUGUGGCAUGUUGGAAUGAACCAUGUCCUUCCUAAUAGCCCACCCUACUUCCCCCGUUUUGGACAGAAAAUCACCGUGCUGAUUGGGAAGCCCUUCAGUGCCCUGCCCACGCUCGAGCAGCUCCGGGCAGAGAACAAGCCAGCUUGCUUCCCCUCAGGUGGAGAUGCGCAAAGUCCUGACUGACUUCAUUCAGGAGGAAUCCCAGCGCCUGAAGACCCAGGCUGAGCACCUCCACAGCCACCUGCAGCCUCGGAGAUAGGCACCACCCUACCCAGAUCCUGUCCUUGCUUCCUUUCAGGAGAGGGCAGCCAGCCCCUGAGGCCCGGGAAAGAGGCUGUCCUGGGACCCAAGCCCCAACUUCUGGGCUCUCAGCACCAUCCUUGGGUUCUUGCCUGGCACAGAGAUGGGGCUGGGGGAUGGACUCGUGCUUUGAGCUCAGCUCUGGUUUUGUAGACAGAUUUGUUCAUAACCCUUAACGGGUACCCUCCCCUAGAUGGUGAGCAUUCCAGCUCCUCUCGUUCUUCACGUGAAGGAAGGCUCUCAGCUACUCCUUCCACUUAGCCAUGAAAGGAGCAAGAAAUUUAGGCUGGAGCCUCCUUCCUGCUUGCUUCCAGGCGUUCCCUCCAGGACUGGGGUCAGGAGGCAGAGUAGUUGAAGGAGGUGGGGUGGCCAGGACAGACGUUCAGGGAGGGGCCCAUGAAGGGGUGGGCCCAGGCUUCCGACCACCCGCCCUGAUCAGGGAUGGCCACUAGCCACGUCUUCCUUCUGCCCAUGCUUCCCACAGGUGUGGGACUCUUGGGCAGGGCCCAGCCUCAGGCUGCAGGCAGAAGAGCAGCCAUUUGCCAGAAGUGGAGCCCAGUCAAACAGCCUGUAGCCAGGGCUCACUGACUUCUCUUGUCCUUCCCACCCCCUAGCAUCACUCAAGUACCCUGGAGCCUACAUUUUAAUGUUUUGUAAACAAUAAAGUAUCUGUGUUGUUCCGGUUUA